GUCCCCCUGACUAGAUGUGGAUGGAGAUAACUGUCACUGUGCUAUCGUUUGAGCAUCAGUCAGCUCAGGUUAGGGACAUAGCAUCAUAGACAAACGCCGAGUAUGCUGAAAUAGCAACGACUGAAAGAGUAUUUAGACAUGGCACCCAAAUCGCUUUCUGAAAAGUUAGCAAAUUUAGAGGACAGUGACUUAAAAGAGUCUACCUGCAUUUGCAGGAAACAGUGUAAGAACUGUAAAAUCUUUCUGGGAUUCUUCGUCUUAUCCCUUUCAUUGCAUCUAGUUACGCUUUUCUGUUAUUUGGACCUGAGAUCCGAAGUGAAACGUGAGAUUCUCCAGAAGAACAGAGAGGAGACACUGUCACCGGCCGCAACCGAUAUGAAUGACCGAUAUUCUCCAGUAUUCCAGCUGUUGGAUAUCAGCUACCCAGCUGAUCUACAGAAUAGGUUGCCUCUGGGGAACAGUGACGAAAGCUCUCACCUCAAAGAAGACAGAGAUAAUGCUGUCCAUCGCACCAAAAGGAGCCAGCAGAAUAAACGACUUGAUUCGGAAUCACAUGGAAACAAACGAAAAGAAAGGAAAAAAGGUAAGAAGGGCCCUCCGGUGCACCUGGCCCCCUAGGGCCCUCCAGGGCCACAGGGGCCACCUGUAUUCUGGCAUUCCAGGCAUCCCUGGAACAACGCCA